UUUAACCACGUGUUUAGUUUGUUUUGUUGACAACUCCGCAGCUUACGAUGGGAAAGUGCAUUCUCGUCUGAAUACUGAUAUAACGAUCUUAUUUAACAAAGGAAACUGCGAUGUAGAACUUGCUAUGUCCAUUCUAAAAGGGAGAAAAUCUCUGGAGGGGGUGAGGUCAGUUCACUUUUCUGGAGUGUCAUUGACUGCUAUUGAAGAGAAGACUGAACCUGAUCCAUCCUCCUGUCCAUCUGAUAUGAGCCAUCAGAAAAAUGGAGAGGAUAGACAAGAAGAAGAGGAGGUGUUGGUAUCUGAGAAAAUAGCUUCUCCAGUAGUGAUUGUAACACCAGACUCUGAUACCAAGGUAGCUCGACACAUAGAGCAGGCCAUUCCAGAGAAAACCAGAAAUGUGGAAAUUGUGGAAAAGAAAAGCUCAAAUUACUUACAAGCGGUUAGAAGCAGGGAAACCCACGGCACUUCUGCCUCCGAGCUUAGUACUGCUACCUCUGUGGAUACAGACAUGAGCAAAGGGCAAAAGUCUAACAAGAAAAAGAAACGUAGGAAACCAAACGCCACCAGUAAAAGGCGACGAUUCAGUGAACCCGUGACUCACAAAGUAUCCAAACCAAAACAGCGGGAGAAAAAGGCCACGAGUACCACUAGAAUGACACCAACUCUAGUAGAAAAACCCACGAUGGUUCAGACUGAGGAAAUCAAGGUGAAAAGGACACCUUCACCGACACUAUGUAGAUCAGCAUCCACUUUACCGCAGCAACGGAAAAACAGGAUGGAGGACUUUAUACAAUCAUACGCAGAUCUAAGCCAAUAUUCACCAGGCUUUUCCUCUACCUCCCCUGUCUCACCACAUCUGUUGCAGUCAUCUCCUCCCGACGCACUCACCCAGCUAUUUGGGAACGUACAUCGGGCAUCACGCAUGUGGGAUAAAAGCGAGGAUGACACAUGGGAGAGAAGACAUGUAUAUGGUUCCGACUCGGAUCAGUCCCAACGUUCGAGUACAACAGUGUCCGACUCGGAUGAAGAUGAAUUCUCCUUAGCUAAAGUUCCCAUAAGGAAAACCCAGAGCAGUCUGUAUGCUCCUAAAGUUGUCAACGUCCUAUACAGCCUGGAGGUGCUGAAGAAAAAACGCAAGAAAAAAAAUAUCCGUGAUCAGGUCAAAUCUAUCAAGAAACGAGUAUACCAGGCAUUGAAAAACGUGGACAUGCAUGUAGAUUCUUGUGACGAGGAGGAAGAGGGAAGCACAAAGUUCCCGUCCAUCGUCCCAGCAAUGGUCAAGAGAGAAGAGGAGAGAAGACGGUCACAAAUUACAGAAGGAACCAGUCGCUACGCCAGUGAAUGUAACCAUAGAUACCAAAUCAUCAGUGAAGUCAACGACUGGAUCUCUGAUCCCUCCAGUCUGGCUGAUGGUAUGAUACCGUAUGAAGAAAUGGAAAACGCUCUGGUGGAAUAUGAGGAAAUCCACGAAAAUGUCUUGGAUGCAAUAAAACAGAUUCGCGAAACCAAUGAUCAAGUGGUCAAGUAUGGUGGUCAGCUUCUGAAGGAGGCCAGCAACAUCAUCAAGGAAAAUGAACUGCAAGCGAAAAAGAUGCAAGGAAAACCAUCUGACUUCAACAUUGUGUAUGAUGAGCGAGCUCUCCUUUCUGACCCGGUCAAGUGGGACAAUGCAGUCAAGAUGGUGCUGCAGACACUCAAUGAUGCAGUCAAGUGGACAAAGAAUUCUAGUCACAAGCACUUGUAUGGAAAGUGUUCUAAACAGUUCAGGAACCUGUCUCUCGCCAUGACGAAGAAAGAACAGGAGCUCAAAGAAAAACGCAAGACUGUUGAGGAACUGAAAACGAAAAUGAAAAAAGCCCAGGCGGCUGCUGAGAAACAGGUCAAGGAGAUGGACGAGGUCAAAAAGGCUGUACGCCGUAUGUCUGUCGAUGUGGAGGAGAAGAAAAACCUGCUGGCCCAGUUGGAGGAGAAGAACAAGGUCCUGAUGAGAAAGAUUCAGGGUUACGAGUCCCAGAUGAAAACCCUGCAGAAAGAAAUAGAAACGAGGAUUGUGGAGAAAACAGUGACCGUUACCCAGGAAGUAGAGGCCUCAUCUACGGGCAAGAAACCCAAGAAACCACCAGCUGCUCCUGAGGUCGUCAAAGUAAUUGAUCCUGCCACUCAGCUGAAACUGGAUGAAACUGAGGUGAAGCUGAAGGAGGCCGUGGACACAAUUGAAAUCCUGAGGGAAAAACUGAGAGAAAUGGACCUACAGUUAAAGCAUGAGCUAGAGAAUGUGCGGAUACUAAGAUCAGACCUAGAGAAGGCCGAGCGUGCCACGGAGGAAGCUAUGGACGCCAUACCUGAUACAGUCAACAUGAUUGAAAUGCCAGUCGAGGCCCCGCAACAAGAUGUUGAGAAGGACUCUGCCUAUUACAAGACACUGCUGUCAGGCAUGAAGAACGAGUUUAACACGGAGAUAGAAAAACUUAAGGGCUUCCUCAAGAAGGAAAAGUCAAGGAACAUUGCUGCAGUACGUCGAGUUGAGAACAAUCACAAGGACCACCUUCACGCCAUUCAGAAGGAUACAUUGAGGGUGCUGCGAGCCAUUAUUCACUUCCGGGACCACUUAGUCACCGUCCUAGAGAAAGAACAUCUGAAGGAGCCUGCCUACGCUCUCACACAGAUGCCUAACCUUAUCCCAGAUAAGCUUGUACCUGAUCCCCGAGAAAUGCUGGCAUUGCUGGUGGGAAAUGUUGUUGAGUAUAUGCACAAGAUGGGGCUGACGUUAGCGAACGCAUUCCUGGCUAUGCGUAUGAUGGUCAAGGGAGCUAUUGAGGCCUCAAAGGAGCUAGCAGCUCAUCAACAGCAAGUGACCAAGACACGAUCUGUUGACCGCCUAAAGGAUGAGGAGUCGAAGGCUCGGGUCAAACAUGUGGAGGCAGCCAAGAUGGAAACCACCCAAUUGUCACGCAGACUGAGAAAGGCCAAGGAGCGGCUGCAGAAGUUUGAGGAAAUAUCUGAUCUUUCCUCAUCAGACAAGAAGUACCUUGCAUUGUUGGAGCGAUACAGGAUGGUAUGGAAAAUGUACAACCGCCUCCAGAAGGAUAUGGAUGUUCUACAAACAGAUUUCCAGUCUUCUUUGGAAGAGCAAGUCAAGGAAAGAGAAGAUUUCAUGGUCUCGUCAAUUAGAAUGGAUUUGAAAAAAAGUCAGAAAAGUAAUGAAGCGCAGUUGAAGUUGAGCAUCAAGGACCAAAAGAAGAAUCUGGAUAUUUUACAUAAGGCUUUUGAGGAGAACAAAAUCUCCAAGGAUCUGUAUGCUAUGGCUGUGUCAUUGAUUAAGAAGGCGAUGGUGGUCCCACAGAAGCGGCUACGCUACCUCGUAGAGCAGUACAUAGCCUUCCAAACUGUCCAUGAGACAAAGAAGCGUGUGAAGUUGAUUCUGAGUGACGAACACUUGGGCCAGGAGAUGAGAAAAGACAUCAUCAGCUACAUGAAACGGAUUGACCAGAAGUUUCACAUGAGUAUGUCUAUGUGGCAUGAACAGAUGGCGUCCCUGGAAAAGGAACGAAGAAAUCUCUUCCAAACCAUCUGGAAAGUGUUUACCAACGUUGUCACGGAGACCGGCCUGUUGUUGGUGCACCCUCUUCUGAAGGGUGAUGGUGAGAACUCUAUGUACAACCGGCUAGCAUGUGCUCUAAACAAAGACCAGCUUAGACAUAUGCUCACCAAACGAAGAACCGCUUCAGGAUUCAGCCGGAUGCCGGCAUCUGUCAAUGGUUACAACGCUAUAAAUUCACACAAAUUGAAUAAAACAUGGCAGACUCAGUUUAAUUUGUUUAACAAGGAUUCUGAAGUCAGGGUGACCACCCCUCAUACAGCUGUAUAUGAAGUCAACAAACCCUUGCUCAGUGCUGCACGAAAACUGAAGGAGAAACGUGGAAUGUUCCCCUUGGCUCAGAGUCAGAAUUAUUAUAUCACGAAGGAGAUGCAGAUUCAGGAAUAGGAUGGUGCAGUUUGUCUUGACGUCCCUGAAGUAAUAGGAUGGUGCAGUUUGUCUGAUUGCCUGUAGGAGUAGGAUGGUGCUGUUUGUCUGACGUCCCUGAAGGAAUAGGGUCAACUCUUCCAAACCUUGUAGUGCAACUCUGGGCAAACCUCACAUUGAGGAAUAAUGGGCCAUUUCAUCAACCCUACGUGACUGGAGGAGUCGGACAUUCAUCAUUCAGCACACAUUACACCCACUGACAAUGAGUUCACGGUCAUUCUACAUGUGGCCACCAGUUAUUUUGUAGUUUAUGCAGUACCAAUGGUGACUUGUACGAUCAGACAGCAGUAAGGCAAUGUGAUGUCCAGACAGCAGUAAAUGUCAGUAAAGAUAACACCUGUACCUUACUUCACUCAUUACACCAGACAGUAGUAAAUGUCAGUAAAGAUAACACCUGUACCUUACUUCACUCAUUACACCAGACAGCAGUAAAUGUCAGUAAAGAUAACACCUGUACCUUACUUCACUCAUUACACCAGACAGCAGUAAAUGUCAGUAAAGAUAACACCUGUACCUUACUUCACUCAUUACACCAGACAGCAGUAAAUGUCAGUAAAGAUAACACCUGUACCUUACUUCUCUCAUUACACCAGACAGCAGUAAAUGCCAGUAAAGAUAACACCUGUACCUUACUUCUCUCAUUACACCAGAAUGUGUUGGUUGAUUGUGUUCACUGAUACUACCUGUUUUGUUUUAGUCUGUGCAGUAUAUGGAUUGUAUCAAUUCAAGACAAAAACAUAAAAGUCAAAAGGAACC